AUGAAGCGUAGCGUAGAGAUAAUGGACACUCGAGACUCUGCAUCGUCAGGCGGCCGCUUGUACAACACCAAAAGAAAGCGCUCGAGAUACACAUUAAGAGAACACGGGGAUCAAGAGGGUUAUCGUAAUAACAGUGCAAAAAAGAAUGGCACUGGCAAAAUCGUCGCGAAUGGUCCUGUUGUGAAGACGUUGGCGGAUAACAAAGAGACAGAUGCGCAUCGUUUGGCACAGCGUCAGAAGCAAAUUGACUAUGGAAAAAACACCGUUGGCUACGAUCGUUAUUGUGCCAAAGUGCCACGGCACCAGCGGCGGCCGGGUGAACACCCCAUGACGCCCGACAAGACCAUGAGCAUUGGCAAGAAAGUGUUUGAUAAAAUUGUACGCAAAUGGCGUCAAGCACUUCACAAAUUUGAUCCACCCGAACUUAUUGAUGCCGCUCAGAUAGCGAAGGCGAAUGAUGCGGAAGUGCUAGUGGCAUCAUCCAUCACUGAUGGUGAAAUGGAAAGAGGUUUUGCGACAAAGUUAAAAGAGACCACGGAUCAAGUGCCUACGAAUUCUCUCAGUCGCUCUAUUUAUGAUAAUUUUGACGAGGACAUUUCAGGCGAAGAAAACGAUUCAGAUGAUAGUCUGCUUUAG